AUGGUUGUGGCGAAGGAAGGGCAGGAGAAUGGAUGGUAUUUUAAAGCUCCAACCGCGAUGCCAGAGCAGACCGGAAGCACAAGACCGAAAGCAGCUACCACGGUUGCGAGGACGGGAGAGAAAGCAACAAAGGAUGAACAAUGCACUGACAAGUCAAGAACAAGCGGGAAGAGUGUGUUGUCCAGAACGGGGGCUGGCAGUAGGGGUCCCUUCUGGAGACUGGAGCCAGCAGCGGAACUGGACCAGGAAAAUCAGGGAACCGGGCGAGACCAGAGUGGAGCUGGGAGGGAGAGAGAGAGAGAGAGCUUCGUCAGGCAAUCUGCAGGAGAUCCAGAAUCAGAAAUCAGAGUCAAGGGCAGAGGAGGGGGAGAGGAAGACUGGGAGGGAAAAGGAAAGAGGGAGGGAGGGAGUACCACGGAUAGAAAAGAGAAGGAGGGGAAAUCCGGAUCGAAGUCAAUGUGGGAAGAUGAGGAUUGGAUGGAAGAGAAGAAAGAGAGAGUGAGUGAGAGUAGCACUUUUACUUACUUUACCAACAGGAAGCUCCCAAGUGUUGAAGUUCCGGCGUCGGGUAGCCAAGAGAAGGCAUCCAGUGGACGAGACCUGGCCAGAACCGGCAAGUUGACAUCAUGGGAGAAGGAGGAGGGGUUUGAACUGGGUGGACUGGGUCAAUGGGAAGAUGGAGAUCUGGAGACUCCACGAGAGAGCAUGCGAGAAAAGGCGAGAAGCAGUAAGGAUGCGACGAUCAGGGGCAGGACAAGAUCCCUUAGCGGAUGCACGAUUACGCAGCUGGUGGACAUGACAGAUGCUGCCAUCCCAGCUGAAGGGGUUGGGAAGAAGUACUGGAGUUGCAAAUGUACUUUGCAUCUACAUCUUACACUAGAUGAUGCUAAUGGUUCUCCUACUAAGGAAACUAGUGGCAGCUACCUUAGUCUCCUUCUUGUUACCCCAGAAAACUUCGAUCAUAAAAUAGCCAUCCCAAGUGAGAUUCUGAGUAUGAAUCAAACCAAGAUCAAAUUCCACACAACCACCAGAUCAGCCCACAUCAUCGUCUCCGCCGACAGUUCGCCGAACCCGAGAGAACCUUAA